UGAAAUCUAUUUUCAAAGAGUUAAAAAAGAGAACGACAUUUCACUAAGUUGUUUCAUGCUUUUUACUAUAUAUAGGUAAUAAUUACCUUACCUUAUCAAAAAAGCUUUUGUUGGAGCGAAGGGGGACGUUAGCGCAUUUCUGGAAGGACAUCUCGCUAAGGGUUUUCAUGUUUUUUAAUAUAUAUAAAAAUAUAUAGACCUUAUCAAAACAAAAAUUGUUGGGAGCUAAGGGGGACGUUAGUGCAUAUCGUUCUUACAGUCUACAUGUGAUUGCUCCUACUUUUUUCAGGCCGAGAUACAUGAGUUAUUGGCAUUAGUAUAUUAUGAUGGUCUUCAGAAUGUAGUACCAAUCUAUGAUCAAAGAUCCUUUGUGCCAUCCAAAGAUUCAGCAUGGAUGAUGUUUUGUCAAAACUCAAUGAGACACUUUCAGAAGGCCUUUGAUCACAAGGAGGAUUGGUCUCAUGCAUUCUAUCUGGGAAAACUCUCCGAGAAGCUUGGAUACUCACAUGAGACGUCAUUUUCAUUCUAUGCUAAAGCUAUUGCUUUGAAUCCAUCUGCUGCGGAUUCAUUCUAUAGGAUGCAUGCUUCACGGUUGAAGUUACUUUGCGCAUGUAGGAAACAAGAUGAGGAGGCCUUGAAGGUUGUUGCUGCGUACUGUUUCAAUCAAUCAACUCAGGAUACUAUAAUGGAUAUCCUCAGUAAGGUUUGCCCAUCAGUUUCAGAAUCGGCGUGCUUUGAGGAUAGAACUCCCAAUGCCUACUCUGUCAAUGAUGGAAAAGGGGAUUCGGAUUCACUUAUGGAAGGCGCGUGGCAGAUGCUUUACAAUGAUUGCCUUUCUGCCCUUGAAAUCUGUGUGGAAGGGGACCUGAAACAUUUUCAUAAGGCUAGAUAUAUGCUUGCUCAAGGCUUAUAUCGAAGAGGUGGAGAUAAGGAUCUACAGAAGGCAAAGGAUGAACUUUCCUUCUGCUUUAAGUCGUCUCGUUCUUCAUUCACAAUAAACAUGUGGGAGAUUGACAGUAUGGUCAAAAAGGGAAGGCGCAGAACCCAAGGUUGCUCAGGGAACAGGAGAGCCCUAGAAGUUAACUUGGCAGAAAGUUCUCGGAAGUUCAUUACUUGCAUCCGCAAGUACAUACUAUUCUAUUUAAAACUGCUGGAGGAGACAGGAGACAUCUGUACGCUUGACCGGGCUUAUUUCUGUCUUCGGACAGAUAAGAGGUUCUCCGUCUGUCUUGAAGAUCUCAUUCCAGUUGCCCUUGGACGAUACUUAAAGGCAUUAAUUUCAUCUAUACAUCUGACUGGUAGUGCGUCUUGUGGUGCUAGCAACUCUAGUGAGCAUCAUCUAGAGAAAAUGUUCUCUCUGUUCAUGGAACAGGUCACCAUGUGGUCUGAUAUUUGUGGCUUGCCUGAAAUAAAGAGCUCUGAGUUGACGGAGAGCUGCUUAUUUGGAUAUCUUUAUCGAUAUAUCCAGUCUUUAGAGCAGAAUAUCAAAGUUGAAACGCUUGAAGGAAUAAAUGAAAAGAUACGCAAGCGUUUGAAGAACCCAAAGCUGUCGAAUAGUAACUGCGCAAAAGUUCAUAAGCAUGUUUCUGCUGCUUGGUGUCGAUCACUUGUAAUUAGUAUGGCUUUAAUAACGCCUUUGCAUUCAAGACUCUCCAGUGAAAUCCAAGGUCCAAAUUCGUCAGCUAAUGGAUUAGAUAACUCACAACUGCUUUGUGUCGAUCUCCAAUUGGAUGAACUAUGGAGUUCAUCUUUUGAAGACAUGAAUCAUUUGAAGGAUCUUGAGAGGAAGUGGAACCCCUCAUUGUCUAAAAUAAAAAAUGUAAUAGUAAAGAGAGCUGCAGAUGAAGAUCUGGAAACUGCUUCUAUGUUGCUUAGGUCUUGCUAUAAUUUCUACAAGGACACAUUUUGUGCCUUGCUCCCAUCAGGUAUAAACCUUUAUAUGGUGCCAUCACAAUUUGCUACAGAAACAUAUAUCCAACCUGGGAUAGACGCGAUCGACAUACUCGAUAUGAACACUUCACGGAAACUAAUUUUGUGGGCCUACACACUUCUGCAUGGCCAUUGCACAAAUGUCUCAGCUGCUAUUAAGUAUUGUGAAGAAACUUCCAAGUCAAGGAUUAAAAAAGGAAGUGGAAGCUUGUUGUCUUCAAAUGCAAAUGUAUCUCCUGCCACACCUUCCAAUAUAGGUGGAGGAAGAGAUGGGAUGAGUAAAAGCUCUGAACCAGAUGUUUCCCCAUUAUCAACUUCGGGCAAUGCACCAUAUUCUGAAACUGACGGAUCACAAAAAGUUACACCUCCCAGUUUGCCAGGAACUGAGAAGCCAAGCAUCUCUUUCUCCACAAUGGGGGACACAAUGGAUGCAUCAUCGACAUCUCUGCCUGAAGUAGAGCGCACCACUUCUCCAAAUGCUGAUCAGGGGCAGAGGGUUUUGUCGGCUGAACCUGGAAACAUUUGAUGUUGUACAUCAUGCUUUGGCUAAUCUGUUCUGCAACUUUUCCUUGUGACUGGUCUAUUAUUGUAUGUAAGCAGUUCCUUCUUUUCUUGAAGAGCUCGUCUUUCUUUCUUUCUUUCUUUCUUCUUUCUACUGUUUUUGGUGUCAGAGGAUACAAAUAUAGGUUCUUCCCCUUGUAUUGUAUCGCCUUGCACCUAGUCCGACAGCUCUUGCUGAGAACGAUUCUAUGUUUUUUUUUUUUCGGUAUAACCAAAUUUAUACCAUGUAUUCCCUUGUACAUGUGCUAUUUAAAACCUAUCUAAUUUUUCCAAAGUA